AUGAGGAGGAGGAGGCGACGGUUGGAAGAGGUAACUCAAUUGGGCCGACGAUACGGGAAACCAGAUCUUGAUCGAAUCGGUUUCUUCGACGAUAUCCCAAACGGACCGUUCGAUUCGUAUAGUCCACCGACUGAGAUACGGCAAAAUGUUGUAAAGGGUCGACAAUUGUUUCCCGGUCCACCCCUUGAACUCUUCGAGAAAGAAUUCAAACGAAUUUUCGUAGGCGAGGCACUUCCUAAAUCAUGGCACCCGAUAUCACAGGUUAAAAAUAAGAAAAUCAAGAUAGUAAAAGGUCCACCCUUGUUACCACCGUCACCCUCGAAAAAGCAUUCGACGCCUGGUGACUCCUAUGGUUGUUUCGGCAAACCAACUUACUUUAGUCCUGAAUUAAGAGCGGAACCAAAGAGAAAAAGAAAAAGAGGAGAGCCGGAUAGAGGAGAGCCAGCAAAUUUCAAGAUAAAACCUGGGAAACUCGGUGGACCGGGAUAUGCGGAUAUUUGCUUCAGCCCUUAUCCCACUUAUUCCCACGAACCCUACGAUCCUGAGGAAAGGAAGGAUAAGAGAAGGAGAAAGGAAGAGAAAACUCGGCCGAGUUUUGUGUCAACGAGCAGUCCUCUCGAUCAUUUUCCACCGAACCCUUAUUACGAUGAAAGACCUGGACCGACGUACGUGCGUCCAAAGGAAAUUCAACCGAAGAUCCUUGCCACUGGACCCAUUUAUGUCCCAUUCCCGAAGUCACCCGGUGGAAAUCACGAUGGUUGCUUCAGCAAGUUCCCCUCUUACUCGAGCGAACCAUACGAUCUCGAAAUCCCAAGAGUUCUCAUAGCUGGACCACCAUUGAUCGCUGGUGGACCUGAUCUACGAACAAAAUAUACUAAAAGUAUCAUCAAUCAGGUCACAGCUGUAUCCUGCAACGCCAAAAACUAUCGAGAGUAUAGCGAACGUGUUUACCCUUUGACUGGAUAAAUUUUUUUCCCUAAUAUAUAUAUAUAUA